GACAGUUAAAAGCGGCAAUUUUUCAAAAAAAAUCCGCAUCGCGCUUUCGUUAAUUGCUAAACAAAAAGUAAAAUUUCGACAAUUUCGAUCGGAAGCUGGUUUUUUCGAUUCUUGAAAGUCACUCCGAGUUCUAGACCUAACAAGGUGUUCAAAUUACAAAACAAAGUUUGUCGUUCAACGAGGUCUUUUUAGAAAACAGUUAAUUGGUGGCAUUUACAGUUAGCUUCAAUAACAAACCAACAUGGAAACACCGCUCAAAACCAAACUGCUCAGUCGGCUGCAGCAGGGGGGCGACGGGUUCCAGACUCCGGCCGGAACUUCCGGUGAUCGCUCGGCCAAGCACCUGACCAGUGUGACCAAACUUCCGGCAUCGCCGUUUCUGAAAAAGCUGGGCUUUGGUACCGGGGUUGAGGUUCUUCGAAUAAAACGGUCCCCGACAAAGAAUUCCACCAAAUCACCUUGGGCAAUCAAAAUGCUCUCUCGAAGGACCAACCCGGAAAUGAGCAAACUGGUGGGAGAUCGCCUUACGGAGGAAGCUAACAUAUUGAAGAAGCUAGAUCACCCCAACAUUGUCGGCUAUCGUGGUUUCGAUUCGCUGGAAGCUGGCAAAGAGUACAUCGCCAUGGAGUACUGUAACGUUUCGCUGGGGGACAUGCUCGAGGAACGCUACAAUAAUGGCCUGGGUCCACUGGAGGCUCCCAAAAUCCAACGCAUGAUAGGAGACGUCCUGGCUGCUCUCGAUUACUUACACACGAAAGCGAUGCUCCUUCAUGGGGAUCUCAAAUCUUUCAAUGUUUUGGUCAAGAACGACUUCGAGGCCUGCAAGCUGUGCGACUUUGGCGUCAGCCUACCGCUAAAUAAGGAAGGCUUUCUGGACACGGAAAAGAAACCGGAUGCCCAGUACGUGGGCACCGCCAUCUGGUCCGCACCCGAAGUCCUGGAAGAAGAUCCUACGCUUAUCUCAUCGAAAGCGGACAUUUUCAGUUUCGGUCUGAUAGUUUACGAAACAAUUUCGCUUUUGCCCCCUCACACGUUCACCGGUAUGAAGGACGAAUCGAUUGCCAGCUCAGCCGACUACGCGAUGAUGAAAUCCAUCAUUCGGUCCGGCAAUCCACAACCCCAAACCCAGCCACAAUUAGCCCUGAACAGGAAGCUCAACCUAAGCGAGGUGAUCGUAGUCGAUGAAGAUACCGGAAGUGAGAAAAACUCUGGUGAAAACAAACGUAAACUAGAAGAAACCGAACCAAGUAAGGUAGAGGAACCGGAACCGAAAAAAAGUGCCCCCGAAACCGGAGAAGUGGAACCGGACUCGACAACGGCCGACAACAAUUCCAUCAUCGAGAUUACCGACGACAGUAUUCUUAAGGCGGAAAGUAGCGCCAUCACGAUCAACGACACGGAAGGCGAAGAGGAGCUGGACGAGGAAGAAGAGGACGAGGACGAAGACGGGGAAGAUGAUGAAUUCCUGGAAGACAAGGACGAAGGAGAUUUCCUCGAUUACGGACGAGUGGGAACACGGCCAGCCAUUCCCGAUGGAAUAACGCUGUCAGAAGACUACAAUUUUAUCAUGGAAAUUUUCUACGUCUGUACCCAGGAAGAUUACGAGGCACGGCCGUCGGCGCGGUCCCUCAUCGAUGCUUGGAACAAACAAACCGGAAAUGGGGAAACUUUGCAUGAGAAAGAAGAAGCGUCAAAGGCGGCGAUUGAACCGAGUGUGGAAGCUUCGGCCGAUUGAGAAAAAAAAACAAACAAAACGAUAUCCCGAUUAAGAAUCUACUCUUACUAGUUUUUGUAAGCUACAAAGCUAAUCCCCCAUUUUUCACUACUGUGAACGCCUUUGUUGAAUGGAAGAACAAAUAUAUUUAAAGGCCGUUGAGACAUUCAAA